AUGUCAUGCCACGGACUUUCUUUGCAUUCCCUCGCUCUCAUCAAUCAUCAUUGCAUGAUCGCCACUCCUCUAUCUACUACUAAUCUACCAAUUGACCGCGUGGAUAUUUUUUUCCCUUCACCUUAUGCCGACAACAACCCCGCUACUUCCUCCGCCAACAGGUCAUGCAUCGGUGAAGUGGGAUGCAGACUAUUAAUCCACAGAUACUCGUCCGCCGCAUACUCGCAUUCGUCUAGUUUGGUGUCGAUUUCCGGCGUGCCACUGUCAACCUGGAUUAGCACCUUGGACCUACGCAAGGAGGGGCACAAGAAAAAAUAA